GUGCUAUCCCGCUGAAAAACCAAAAUCCUCGUGGCCAUGCCCGAGCAACAAAUUCCGGUCUACGAUAGGCCAUCGUCCAGCUCAUCGUCGGAGCCCGUUUCCCAGGAGCACUCCCUGGUGGGUGUCGAAAACCGUGACAACCGCAGAAACGACGCAAAUGACCGCGAAAAUCAAUUUGUGGCAAUUCGCAAUCUAAUGAAUAAUAAUCGCACAUCUCGGAACGGUAUCCGUCCGAUGAUUCCACACGUUCCCUUCGAGCGCUCGUUCAUUCCAGCACCGACCCGGUACUAUCCGAUAGUGAUUCCUGCGGAGCCAACGAUUGAAGAUCUGCUGCGUCAAGCAGCCGGAACUAGCGAGUUACAUCGGGUGACCGAAAUCAAGCUGAAGGUGAUUUCCCACAUGACCAGUCUGCAGAGGAUUCCAUUUUUCAUACCAAACCUGCGGGCUCUUACGCUGGAGGGAAGCAUCGUGACGACCUUGAGGGAUUUGGGUUGCGAUAUGACGUCACUUGUUUACCUGAAUGUGAGUCGAUGUAGUUUGAAAAAUUUGGAUGGUACCAGCGGAUUGGAAACACUGGAGGAACUGGUGGCCGAUUAUAACGCGAUUGAGGAAGUGGGGCCUUGUACCAAUUUGACCAUAAUUAAAAAGAUCAGCUUGAAAGGCAACCGAGUUACAGAUCUUGGCAGUUGCACUUUCCUAGCACUCUGUGAAAAACUGGAAGCUUUAGAUCUUCGGGAGAACUUUGUAUCCGAGAACCCCUCUUUCCGGCAUAUGCUGAAGGAAAACAUCCCACAGCUGCGUUGUUUGAACGAAGUUCCAUUCUCUGAAGUAGUUCGCGAGGAGAAUUCGGACUUGUCCAGUUCGGAGUACAGAUCGAGCUCAUCGUGUAACGACGACGAGCGUCGAGGUCGUUGGGAUGCGGGAGGUGCGGGUGACGGUGCUUGGAACGAGCGCCAUCAUCGACCGGCUACAAGUCAUCAGGAGCGAACCGUCACUGUAGAGUUGUUGGACGAUGCUCGACCUGCUUCAGCCGAUGCAACUAAAUUAAAGAGUCAGCUAACAUCCGGAGAGCCACUUUGCGGUACUAUUGUCACAAAAGCUCGCCGAACACGACGGCAGCGAACCGCUUGGGGUGAAUCUACUUCCUGCUCCAGCAUGAGUAGUUCGGAUUCGUCCUAUUCGAAGGAUUUUCCUGAUCGAUUACCACAAAAGCACGUCGAUCUGGAGCUGGGAGUGAUUGGAAUGCAGAACCAGUCGGGUGGAGCAGCAGACGAUCCGGGCGAUGACUCACAAAGUCUGCUACGUGCAGCUCGUUUGUGGCGCCAAAGAUCGCUUCAAACGCGGGAAGCGAUUCGAGAACAAGAUCAACUGGCCCGCCACAUGAGCGAGGGCUAGGAUUUGUGAUUUAAGAGAUAGGCUUUUGUUGUUGAUCUCAC